AUGGUGGCGCAGGCACUGGAGCUCUCACGUAAACCCCACGUCGUCAUCGCUACGCCCGGCAGGCUGGCAGAUCACCUCCGCAGUUCCAACACUUUCAGCCUUAAAAAACUGAAGUUCUUGGUCUUGGACGAAGCUGACCGGUUGUUGGAGCAGGGCUGUGCUGACUUCACCGCGGACCUAGAGGUGAUUCUGGAGGCUGUUCCGGCACGCAGGCAAACGUUGCUGUUUAGCGCCACGCUGACCGAUACGCUGAAUGAGCUGAAGAGCCUGGCAGCGAACAGACCUUUCUUCUGGGAGGCUGUGUCCGAGGUGCGGACAGUGGACGAGUUGGACCAACGCUACUUGCUUGUACCCGAAGCAGUCAAGGAUGCGUACCUUGUCCAUUUAGUCCAGACCUUCCAGGACGAGCAUGAAGACUGGUCUAUUAUCAUCUUCACUAAAACCUGCAAGGACUGCCAGGUCUUGAACAUGAUACUCAGGAAAUACAACUUCCCUUCUAUAGCUCUGCAUUCCAUGAUGAAACAGCGGCAACGAUUUGCAGCUUUAGCAAAGUUCAAGUCCAGCAUCUUUAAGAUUCUCAUUGCCACUGAUGUUGCUGCCAGAGGUUUGGACAUUCCUACAGUACAAGUUGUCAUCAAUCACAACACUCCCGGCCUGCCGAAAAUCUACAUUCACCGGGUUGGCCGGACAGCCCGUGCAGGUCGGAAAGGAAUAGCUAUUACACUGGUGACGCAGUAUGACAUCCAUCUUGUACAUGCUAUUGAGGAGGAAAUCAAACUGAAGCUGCAGGAGUUCUCUGUGGAGGAGCAGUUUGUGCUUGACAUCCUCACCCAAGUGAACGUCACCAGGAGGGAGUGUGAAAUAGAACUGGAGGGAAUGGAUUUUGAUGAGAAGAAAGAAAUAAAUAAGCGGAAACAAAUGAUCCUUGAAGGGAAGGAUCCAGAUCUGGAGGCAAAAAGGAAGGCAGAGCUAGCCAAGAUCAAGAAGAAAAACAAGCAAUGUCGUGAGAAGAUCCAGCAGACACUGCAGAACAGAAAGCAACUGCAGCUGAAGAGGAAACUGCAGAAGAAGAUGGAGCGGCGGAACAAACUGCACGUUAAGGAGGAGAAAUAA